CCCUGGUGACAGCAGCCCUCCAUUGGUUUUCUCCUCCUCUGAAGGGGGAAGUGGGCAGAGCUUGUGGAUUUUCAUGGGGGACUGAUAAUCUCACACUGACCCGGGUUGAAAUGCGGGAUAGUAAACACGCAGCAGGUCCGAUGAUCGCUGGGAAACAGAUGUUGAGCGGGACCGAUCCACGGAUAUAAGAGGUUAUGGAUUCGAACCUCCCUUGUUUCCUCCUGUUUGUGUUGGUGGGCUGGGUCGAAUCCUCCUCUGGUAAUGUCACCCGCCACUUUGAUUACUGCGUGCUCGGAGCCGGGCCUGCGGGACUGCAGAUGGGACAUUUCCUCUCCAAAGCCAAAAGAGACUACAUCAUCCUGGAGAGGAACGCGGGGCCGGGCAGCUUCUUCCACAAGUAUCCCAGGCACAGGAAGCUCAUAAGCAUUAACAAGAUCCACACAGGAAGACAGAACCGGGAGUUCAACCUGCGUCACGACUGGAACUCGCUGCUGAGCGAUAAAGGUGACCUGCUGUUCAAGCGGGUGAGCGGCGAGUUUUACCCGCCAGCCGACGCCUACCCGCUGUAUCUGUCCUUGUUUGAGAAGGAGCUCGGGUUGAGGGUGAGGUACGGCGUGGACAUCGGAAGGAUCAGGGCGAUGCAGUCGGCCGCUGGCAGGAGCUACGUCCUGACUGACCAACAUGCCUCCGACUACAAAUGCAGCGUCCUUCUGGUGGCCACAGGUCUGUGGGUUCCUCAGCAGGUGGAGUUCGUAGGAUCCGAACUGGUUGAAGGGUACGAGUCCAUCUCCACCGACCCUGACGACUACAGGGACCAGGCCGUGCUCAUUCUGGGGAAGGGGAACUCUGCUUUUGAAACGGCCCAGAGCAUCUUGGGACGGGCGAGUCGGGUGCACAUGCUCAGCUCCAGCCCUGUUCGACUGGCGUGGCAGACGCAUUAUGUUGGAGACCUCAGAGCUGUGAACAAUGAGCUGCUGGACACAUACCAGCUGAAGUCUCUUGAUGGGUUAGUGGAGGCUCAGCUGGAGAAAAUGGUUAUCGUUCAACGAAAGGAGGAGGGCAGGAGGAGAUCAGGCGGAAAGAAGAGAGAGAAGAAGAAGAAGAGACACUUGUACCUGACUCUAAACAAGUACACUCAAACCCAGGAGGAGAGGAACAGCUCGGACGUGACCGCAGAGGAGCUGCCAGCUUAUCACAUCGACAACUUCUCCAUGAGAAAACCCUACGACCGUGUGAUCCGCUGUCUCGGGUUUCGAUUCAACUUCAGCGUAUUUGACAGCUCUGCCUGCCCACCAAACAGUGACAAUGCAAAAGGGAGGUUGCCGGGGGUGACGGCCUGGUAUGAAGGGCAGAACACCCCCGGUUUGUUUGUGCUGGGAACUGCUGCUCACUCCAGAGACCACCGCCAGUCUGCCGGCGGCUUCAUCCACGGAUUCCGCUACACAGCACGAGCUGUACAUCGUGUACUUGAACACCGCUACCAUGGCAACCCCUGGUCAUCGACAAAGCUGUUGACCACGCAGCUGCAGUCAUGGAUCCUGAAGCGGGCCGGCGAGGCCUCCGGGCCGUACCAAAUGUUCGAGGUGCUCGGGGAUGUGAUACUUCUUCGAGGCUCUCACUGUCAAUAUGUGGAGGAGUUUCCGGUCCAGGCGUUGCCUCAGUUCUCCGCUCUCUCGGGUCAUGAGGUGUCCGGCCAGGGACUGAUAGUUCUCAUCAUGCAGUACGGGAAGAAGAAGAUCGACUACCUGGGGGCUAACAGGGCAGAAACCGACUGGACCAAAGCUUGGAAAUCCAACUUCCUGCACCCUGUUUUAUAUUAUUACGACAAACUUCCUACUGGUCAGUUAGAAUUCUUAAAAA